UUUUCUUUAAACUACAGGCUAAUUAUUAUAUUUUCAGAUAAUAAUAUAAUAUUUGGUUGAAACAAAAGCCGCCAAGCUUCUGUCUGACUGACCUACUUUAUAUGCACACAGAACAGCUGAUAUAACCAAGAUUUCUCUAAUUUAACUUGGAGUUCAACAGCCCAAGCUUGUAGUCUGAGAGGAGCUGGGCUAUGUAGGAGCUGUAAGUGGGCGGGGCUUUCCCCUAAUUUGUCAUGUGACAUGUGAUGUAAUUCCACAGUAGUAAGUAGCCUGGGAAGGGAGAGGAAGAGUCAUGGAGACAGUGGGAUGCAGGCGUCUGCCUUCUUAUGCUCGUCCCCUCAAAUCCACCGAGUCCUUUCAAGGAAGUCUAGUCAUUUUUUUGUUAAAUUUCAAGUCAAAUAGAUAUAGCAGUAUGUAAUUUUUUAAAAUUCUUAAAAAAACAGUAUCUCUUACAGCACAUGACCAUGGACAUAGAUUGACUGGUAACCCAUGAGCCUUGCCGUUCACCAUCAUAGACCUGCAAGAUUGGAACCACCAAUCCUGUCUGCCCGUCAGUCGCCUGUUCCCUGUUUGUCGUGACUGGUGACUGAGAUCCUGGAGUGAGAUGGACAUAACUGCGUUACAGAGGGAAGACUGUGUUGAGUCGGGACAGGAAGAGGAAGCUGAACAUCCAAAAGUUGAGAAAGAAGAGAAGCAAUCACCUGAUGUAAGAAAGCCAUUAACUGAAGCAAAAGCAGAGGGGAACGCUGGACAAGUCAACGCAGUGGGUUUAAGAAAAAGAUUUUGGUGUGUCGGCCACAAGUUCGCGCUGAAAAAAAAACAGAGUGAAAAGGCAGAGGCACUGAAACAAGAGGAGUCAAACAGUUCCAAGAUUCUUGAAGAAGAUGCCAACAUAGAGGAAGUGAAAGAUGUAAAAACACUGCAGGACCUGGAAGAGAACGGCAUGGGAGCUGAAUCUAUGACAGAUCUUCCCUUAGUCAAAGUCAGUGGAGAAGUUCCUGAUGUACCAGGUGCUGUAGGAACAACAAGACCCACAGAAGAAGUCAUCCUACAAACAGACUUACGAACUGAGUUGUCUACUAGGCCUCCCCAGGAUGUCGAGUUCCCUUUGAAAAUAUUCACACAUGGGAUACUUUCUGGUUUUGGAAUGAAGGUAGUUUCUACUCAGCCUGUUGAGGAAAAGUCUUUUGAAAGGGUUCUCCUUGCUGUCGAGGAUGAGCCAAGGGAAUCAGAGGAAAGUGCAGAAUUACCACGAGGCAGUGAAAAGUCCAUAGAGACUAUGGUGGAGAUUCAGAAAGAGGAAGGUGCUAUUUCAGGGGUAAUUCCACAAACUGCAGAACUGCCCGAAGAAAGACUAUAUGAGGAUGAAAUUAAAGAAGAAAUUGCAAUUGAAGCUAAUGGCUCUCAAACAGUUUUAGAGCAGGGAGAAGAUGCCCUGGUAGCAGAAAUUAGCAGUACAGAAUAUGAAGAUGAUGAUGAUGAAGAGGAGUCAAAUUCAGAAGAAGAAUCUCCAGUAAUGUCAUUUGAAGCUGAACUUUUCUCUUCCCUGGAAAAGAAACUUCAUAACCUCUUCAUAGGAAAUUGUAGGAAAAGGUUCCCUACAAAAAAACAGGCAAAUAAAGAAGAUGAAAUUCAGUCAGCAGGAGAUGGAGAACCGAUCUCAGAAGAGCUUCAGUCACCUGAAAAAUCAACUGAGGGUUCAGCAGAAUGGUCUGUUCAAAUGGAAGAUGCUGCUGAGACUGAUGAAGAUGCCAAUGUUCUUGUUAAUGAAGAAAGGAAGAAUAAUGGAAAACUACCCUGGUCUUUAUUAAAAAAACUGUUCACACCAAAGAAACAGGUUAGAAGAUCUUCUGAGAGCGACGGUGAGGGGCCUAAUCUCAUUUUUAAUAAAGAAGAAGAGGAACAAAAGCCAAGUGAGGCAAACCAGGAAACUGAACUUGAUAAGAAAAAACCCACAAAGAAAAUUCAUUCCUCUGUAUCUUGGGAGACGUUGCUAUGUUUGAGGUCAGCUAAAAAGAGCGCCAUAACAGAGGCUCAGGAAUUAGCAAGUAAGCAUGAAAUUGAAGGUUCUUCGAAGGUAUACUCUGAUGCACCACCAGAAGAACAAAAAGAAAUAAAUGAUAAAGGUGUACCUAUGUUAUCUGGAGAACUUCCUGAGAAUGAUGAAACAUCCAAGGAUUAUAAAAGGGUUCUCACUACAGAAACGGUUCUGCAAGAAGUUGUGGAAAAUGUUAGUUUGAUGCUUGAUGCUUUAUUAGUAACAACAGCAGAUGAGCAACAAGAAUCUACCACUCUGCCUGUUAUUCCACAAAUUUUGGACCCAAGCACAAAAGAGGAUAAAACAGUUCUUUUGGCACGUAAAAACACAGAUGCCAUUGCUAUCUGUAGACACCUACAAUCUAACAACUUUGAACUUGUGGAGGAAGUACAGCUCCGAACUGCUGAAAGUGCAGUCACCAAAAAUAACAAAGAGAACUCAGAAUUGACACAAAUUGUGGAUGAUGUUCCAGAAACUGAGAUAAAAGGUCUACAUGAAGUUGCACCAGCUCAAGGAGCACUUGAAGAGGAAGAGCUGGCCAGACUCUUUGAAACCCUUCACACAGAAGACAUAACAAAGCAUGAGGCCAAUGAAGAACUAGUAUUUGGUCAGUCGGCACAGACAACUGAGGUGUCUAUUACAGCAGGAGAAAAACAUGAGAAACCUGAAGAUAUCAAAGAGUCAACCGAUUUAGAUGCACCAAUCAUAGACAUUAAAUCUGACUUUUAAGUGGCUUUAACUAAUGUUGGUCCUACUGUAGCGUUUAUUGUGAAGCAAGACAGAGACAUAGAUACUGUUGAGGCUAAAGCUACACUUGUCAAAAAUGAGAGCACAAUUAGUGCCUCAGAGAAAAUCCAUGAUGUUAUAGGUAAAGUAUUGGAAACAUUAAAAGAAUAUGAAAGUACUAAAAAAAACAUGGUGAUCCAUUGGGACUCAUUAACAACAAGAAACAAGAUUGUGGAUGAAAUAUCAAAAGAAGUUCAAGUAUGCAAGACCAGAAAUGUAGAAAGAGAACGAGGAGGGGCAUUAGAGGCUGUGACUGUUAGAAAUAUUUAUAUUCAGACAGAAUGGGCAGAAAUAUCAACAUGACACAAAAAUAAAGGAAGAAAAUUCAUGUCAGGGGAAGAUCUUUGAUUCUAAAGAUGGGGAACCAGCAGUAGCAACAGAGACAGCUGAUAAUGGAAAACUACAAAUAUCCCCCUAAUAGAAUUACGUUGCAACAAUGGAAAGUGGUCAAGUAUAUAAACAUCAGAUGCAGUACAAAUUUAAAAAGCAGUACCAUUUGGGAAUGAAAAUACAAGAUAUUGAAGUUAACCAAUGUGAAACUGUCGAAACGGAGAAAUCAGCCGAUUGUGUAACGCAUGACACAGAUCUGAGGGAGAGUGAUUCUCACGGGUCUUGGUUUGCCAAGUGGCCAAAACAGAUGAUCCCCAAAAACCUAUGGAUGAAUGUUUAUGAAGCUCAACUGGAGGUUAUAUGGUAAAGGCAUAAUCAAAGAGGGAUCCACAGGAGUCAUGGUCAGUGAGAAAAACCCACCUGGACCAACGGAAAAAUGAGUCAAACUAUGGAUCAUUAAGGUGAGAAUUAAGGUUGAGUCAACUGGCAUAACAGUGACUACAACACAGGUUACAGAGCAGGGUUAGGCAACCCUGAUCUUAGAGUGCUGGUAUCUAGCAGGUUUUCUAUCCUACCUGGUCUCUGAUGAACCACGCCUGGCCUCAGGCAGCUAGUAGGAUAGAAAAAAUGGCAGAUAUCAGAAAUCCAGGAACAGGGUUGCCUAUCCUGGAAAUAUGCCUCAAGUGGACAUAUUUCAGCAUUUAAAGGGGUCACUGUUAAACAGCUUUGAAGAUGAAAUACUGAAAUAUUUGAUGCUAGGAAAAAAUUGCAAAUUCCUCUAGUGAGAGAAAUGAGGAAGUAAAUCUUCAGUUUGCAGCCAAUGUAAAAACAAAAAAAAAUAUCUACAGUAGCAUUAAAGAAAAUGCAUGGUGCUUUUUUUCAUAAUGCACCACAUUUUCAGGAUUUAUUACUCUGUGCCGCAUGAGCUGACAACAGAUAAGGUUUGGCUGGAAGAUUGCAGGAUGGAGCAGGACCAAAGGCGGUCAGGACAGCAUGUCAACGUUUCAGAUAUCCUUCUUUUUCCUUGUCUUUAUCUCCCAGUGCUCAGUGUGGCUAAACACUAAACAUCAUGUAAUUAAUGCACAUAUAUCUGUGGUCCUGUUUUGCUCUGUGUCUAUUAGAUUUAAUCUAAAACAAGAUCUAACUCAAAUGGCCUGACUCUUUUAGCGUAAGUUUUUAAAAUACUUCCUCAGUCAGCAGGAAAUUAUAUGUAAUUACACAACGGACAAUGCAAAGUAGAACGUGCUAUGGAAUGAUUUUAUUUGAAUAAUAUUUCUUUUAACAAUGCAAUGCAAAUUAUAGCUUUUUAAUUUAGUAAACGGAGGUUUUCCUAGGUUGUUCUGUGCAGAUAUGCCCUCUAGUGGUGAUCUAUGGAAAUUAAGUCUAAAACAUUAACUAAUAACUUUAAUUGUGUGUCGUUUCGAAUUAUGUGUGCAUAACAGAAAUUGUUCAGAAUGUUAGGCCAGAAACAAGUCAGAUGGAAAUUUAAAGAGUAACUGUUUUAUCCACAACACAUGCGUUUUACAGCGUUCACGAUCUCACUUAACGUAGCUGCACGUGCUUUCGGACUUAACAAAGGGGUGAUUAUGGCUUAAUAAGGCGACAGUUGAAAUUAUUCCGUUUUUUAUGAUGCUGUGACACCAGAGAAUCAGAUAAACUUCCACAAGAAACAAAAUGAAUUUUUUUGCCAAUCAAUGGCGGCAAAAAAGAGAAACAUUUCCUGGUACUUCCUUCUCUUUAUUUCAGAAAGAAUAAAAUGAAAUGUAUUUUGUGGGUUUAAAGAGGAAGUCUUUAAGAUUUCAUUGACGAUAACCGAGGAGUGACAUUUGAACUCAUGUACCUAAAAAGCUAACAUUGUGUUUUAAUUAAACCAUGGCUUUUGAAACUGAUCGAUCGUGGUAAUAAUUGUGUUAAAUUAAAACCAAUAAGAUGAGUUCGGUAGAAAUCAGUCACGAGGUAACAAGUCAUUUUAAAGCUGUGGAUGUGGUUGUUUUGUAAAAAUGUGACAGCUUGCAAUUUCAACAGCACGCCCCCUACAGGAUCUGAAAAGCAAGUUCGAUAUUCACCAAUCGCAGCACACCCCUGAUCAACUUACCAGUAGUUCUCAGUAGACGUCAGAGUGAGAUAUAUUUGUAUGCUGAAUGCACAUCUGCCUCGUGGCUAACGGUCAGCUGGAGGGGCUGCAUCGGCCUACCAUGCUGUAGAGCAGGGGUGUCAAA